AUGGCAGUAGUGGCAAGGAGAAGUGGUGACGGUGUGCCACCGGCAGCCAACGACAGUAACGAUAACGCAACCCAAGGAUCCCAAAGAGUGGUCGGCUUAACUGCUAUAAACUUAAAGGAGAAGGAAGCCGACAACAAUGCACCUCUACAACGAUAUACGACACCUCCCCUCUCUAGUCGUACUUCUGCUCUGUGUUGCUAUCACAACUGUUAUUAUCCAAGGACAUACUGAGCACAUAUUACAAUGGACAACUGUAAAUCGGAGAAGCUUCGCGAACUUGUAUUAGAAACGAUUGGUCUCUUCCCCCAUCAAUAUAGCUAUCAGGCAAGGUAUAUGAAAGAGCAAGCUGAAAUACGUUUUGGCAAUUGGUGGUCAGCUGUUAUUAUUGGUGAUCGAGGUGGAUAUGGCAUGAGUGCUGUUUAUGAUCAAUACGCUAACACAAGCUGUGAACUGAGGAUUUUCGAUACAUUCUACUGGAUAGGACGAACGAGUUAG